AUGAAUGACACAGAAGAUGAGAGAAUUGAGACAUCAGUGGACAUGGACUGGGUAACCUCAUUGGAGAAGAAGGUGUCAGACACAAAAUUUAGGGACAGAAACACAGAGCCAACAAUCUACAGAGUUCCAGAUACCUUGAAAAAGGUUGACCACGAAGCCUAUGAGCCAUCGAUCGUCUCGCUCGGCCCCUACCACCGCGACAAACCUCAUCUACGGGCUAUGAAUCAGCACAAAUGGAAGUACCUCAAGUCUGUCCUCGAGCGGAACCCUGAAAUGGUCUUGAAGGACUAUGUGGAUCUGGUCAAGGGUCAGGAAACGCUAGCACGUGAAGCCUAUUCGGAGGAAGUGAACAUGAGCAGCGACAGUUUUGUGGAAAUGAUGUUGCUAGACGGAUGCUUUGUGAUGCUUUCAAUAAUGGGGUACAACUUUUCAGAUUGGUGGACUCGAAAUGUAGUAGUACGAGAUAUGUUCAUGCUCGAAAACCAGCUUCCUUUCUUUCUUCUUGAAACUUUGUACGAAUCUGCAUUUCCUUACCACGACCGCGACCGCGACAGCUUUCUACGUGUAACAGUCAAGUUCAUCGGCAUGAAUUUCUCAAGUAGCUUGGAACUUCCCUCCGACAAUGAGAUUUUUCACCACAUAAUUCAUAUUUUUCUUUCUUGCAUCGAUCCGACAAUAAACCAUGGCAAUGGCAAUGGCAAUGACAAUCAGUCCUCCAGUACAUUUGGCUUCCUCUGCAACUCUAAGCUAGUUAAAACAGUAUUCGUAUCGUUGUCAUCAACGCUGCGCUCGUCUGUGUUGUCGCAGGUGAGCAAGAUACGCACUAGUCGAGAUGCUAACCCCGAGGAGAAUUGGACGGUCUCUGACUUACCAUGGAUUCCCAGUGCUACACUAUGCAAUGAAGCUGGAAUUCACUUCGGCAGAAAAAAGAGAUACAAGAGUUUCUUGGACAUUACAUUUCAUAACGGCAAGUUGGAGAUUCCCCAACUUCGAAUAGAGGACCACGUCAACUCGCUCUUGAGAAAUCUUAUUGCGUACGAGCAAUGUUCAAUGAAUUCCAAGUUCCAUGUUACAACCUAUAUGGUGCUUAUGGAUUCCCUCAUCGAUACGGCAGCAGAUGUCGAAUUGCUUCAACAAUAUGAAAUCAUUAUUGGUAACUUGGGGGACAGCCAAAAAAUUGCCACUCUAUUUAACAAACUUGGCACGAAUGUCAGCUAUGACCUAGAUGAUUUCUACCUUCUCGGCGUCCUCACUGCCAUGAGGAAGCACCACGACGCUAGAUGCAACAAAUGGCACGCAAGGUUGAAUCGCGAUUACUUUAGUAAUCCUUGGGCAGUUAUCUCAUUAUUUGGUGCUCUUGGCCUAUUUGUUCUUACUGUGAUACAAACCACGUUUACUAUUCUGAGUUAUUUUCGGCCGCCAAAGUAG